CUAAUCUAUCCGUGUUAUAUUUCUAUUCUCCAUUUUUUAAAUAUAUAUAUAUAUAUAUUGGAAUCUGUAUUCCAUGAUUUGGCCAUGAUGCAGUUCAUCCGCGCUUGUUAUUGUGUUUUAUUUAUUAUAUAUUUAUUUUUUUCCCCUGCAUAUGGCGGCUCGUGCUGCAGAGAUGUCACCCAUGCAAAUAUCUCUCUUCAUGCUACACUAAAAUGCGCAUCCUUAGACUGUUUACACACCGCAUACAACACAACAACAACAACCUUAUUUUGUUUAUUGUGGUUUUUAUCACAGCCCCCACCUCCUCCCCGAAAUUCGACCAUAAUAAUAAGAAUUUUUAUUAUAAGGAGCCGCAGCAUCCGUGUGCGGCAGCGGACUGAACCAUUUGGUUCUGACAGGGGUGCGGUGUUUAUCUUACGUGUAAUUUUCAGCCUUUUAGCUAGUUUUAGGUUGUUUACAUAUCAUCCUGGUUGUGUGAAAAUGUCUUAUCACACCGAAUUAAGCAAGCAAAAGCUGUCUUUUUAUCCAACAAAGCAGGAUCGGUGGUCAUGUAAUCUGUUUCCCCCCUAUUCAAGUGUGACAGAUGUUCAGGCAGGAAUGCUGAGGUAUAAAUGCGCGAUUUCGCCCAAAAUAGUGUCACAGGUGAUGCUGAAGGAUUGAGACUUAUUAGCAGUUACCCUUUAUUUACCAAGCUGAUAUGAGGAGAUACCAUGCAAGAAAUGAAAACAUACUGAAACCUGGAGGAUUAGCUGAUAAUUUAUGCAAAUACUAAUAAUACCAACAAUUAUAAUCAAAUUAAUUAUUUAAAAAAUAGAAAUUAAAAACGUCUCUUUAAAUGGAGAUAUUUUUCCAGGUCCCAAAGUACAUUUCUUUCCCAAAUCCAGUUCCAAUCUCUGCUAUCUUUGGUACAGGUUCCAAUAUCCGAUUUUCCUCCUCCAAAUAUCCAAUCCAGUUUGUUUAUUUAUUUGCUGGUUAUCAGUCAGAUCCCGAUAUCGGCUAUCAGACCGGUGCCAUUUCUAGUAAAUAUCUACUGACGAUCAUUUGUUGAACGUGUAAAUGUCCCAUUGAGAUGAAUAUCUAUCUAUCUAUCUAUCUAUCUAUCUAUCUAUCUAUCUAUCUAUCUAUCUACCCAAAACUCAUCCGCUGUAUUGUGAGUUUGCAGAUUUUGCUCAACAUAUUUCCCCUGGUUCAGUUUGUUUCUGGUAAACAAGUGACUGGUGUUUUCAUUAUCGCUGUUAUUAAAAAGGUGAUUCUAGUGAUAAAAGACUCCAAAAAUCACAAACUGGCACAAGAUCUCCCGGUUAAGGUUUUGGAUUACUGCUCAGAAGCUGCUGCUACUGGACUCCUGAGCAAGACCCUUUAACCCUCAAUUGCUCAGAUGUAUAAAAUGAAAUAAGUGGCUCUGCAUGAGGACGUCUGCCAGAAAUGUAAAUAGCUGUUCUGUCUCCAGCCUCAACAUCUUGUUAUUUUUUUUUCAAUCUUAAAGACAUCAAAUGCAGCUUGUCAUGUUAGCGAGAAACCAUACAAGUGUAAACCUUAUCCUUCAUCCUGAAAUUCUCCUGAAAUCUCAAAGUUACAGCUUUCCGUCUGCACUGAUACAACGUGCUGACACUGGAGACUCCUUCCGUACAGCAAACUUCACCAUAUCGAUGAUUGACACAAUCUGUUUCUAUGGAGAUUCUGCUGUAUGAAGAAUGAGGUCAGAUGGAGCAGAAUAAACAACCAGAAUAAUCUUAAGUGUUCAGAUAUAUUUUUAACUAAUUAUGACCAAAUGACAAUUUUAAAAAUGGCUAUAUUUAUGCAUAAAAGUGCAGUAAGGUUUAUUUAACCAGGAUGGUUACCAAUAGGGACCAAGAAGGCAGAAGAACAACAAUUACCAUAUCACAUGUUAUAAUAUACACUCAAAUAUUCUGUGCUUUGGGUAUUUUUAUAUAAAAUAAACCUCAUGUGACAUGUUUAACAUAUUGUUUGGAUACAUAAAGUCAUAAAGUCUUAAAUCAACACUCCUUGUGUUAGUUCAACACCAGACACACUGUACCACUGUAUCAGUAUUAAUGUUAAUAUCAUUAUUAUUAGUAUUAUUGACCAGUGAGAAUUGAGAAUUCAUCAGCACUGUGCUAUAACACUCUCUAUCUCUUUACUUUAGCCACACCCCAUUUUCACAGUCCUGAGUCUAGCUGAAAGAAAGGCCACGCCCCCCACCUGGACUCACCUGACUGAUCAGGGAACUGGCAGCUCCGCCCACCCUGCCCUCUCGAUGAGGGACAAAGCCACCCAGACCCCCAGGGCCUGGGUAGAUGAGCGCAGGAGGGGUUCCCACAAGCGCUCGGCCUCCUGCGGCAGCACCGACCAGCUAAAGGAGAUUGCAAAACUGCGGCAGCAGUUGCAGCGCAGCAAACGCAGCAGCCGCCAUCGACGCGAUAAGGAGCGCAAAUCGCCCUUCAACGGCAACCAUGCUAUUAUCCAAUCACAGUCCCAGAUGCCUAAAACCAUCCUGAUCCCCAUCCCCAUCUCCAAGUCCACGCCUCCACGCUUCCGCAACAGCAUCGAGGGCCUCAACCAGGAGAUCGAGCGCAUCAUCAUACGGGACACGCCUGAGCGUGAUGAGGUCAUCAUUCCGCAGGACGUUCCUGAUGGACACCGUGCGCCCCCGCCCCUUCCCCAGCGCAGCAGCAGCACACGCAGCAUCGACACCCAGACGCCUUCGGGAAGAAGCCUGGGUGGUAACCGUAGCAACAGCAGCAGCCGGGCAGACUCGGUGUCCCCGUCUUACCUCAGCAUCCUGAACGACGCAAUGGGAAACAGUCCCCUAACCAACGACGACACACUCAAUGAGAGCAGGGAAAGAGAUCUGGGGCCGUACUCACCCCUGCCCAAGUACGCCUCCUCUCCCAAACCCAACAACAGCUACAUGUUCAAGCGGGAGCCUCCUGAGGGCUGUGAAAGGGUCAAGGUCUUCGAGGAGAACCAGCCCAGGCCUCUGCAAGAGAUCCCUCCGUACCUGUGUCCGGACCGGAACAAGGUGAACUUCAUUCCCAAAAGCGGCUCUGCGUUUUGCCUCGUCAGCAUCCUGAAGCCCCUGCUGCCCACCCAGGAGCUCAGCUUCCGUGGCGGCGUGUCGUACCGCAGCCUGUCUCCCUCCCUCGUCCCUCUGAGCGGGGUCGGAGUGCGCAGCCUGUCCCCUUCCCUCGGCCCCGUCCUGACACGAGGACGCCAGUCCCCCUGCCUCCCACGCCAUCUGGAGGAACCCGAGGGUUAGAAUCUCCACCGGUCGAGGAAAUUCAUCACCUGCAUCAUUUUCUAAACAGACUCGUCUCCUCAUGUGAUCCCCGAAUCUCAAAGCUGUGACCGCAUCAGGGCUCGACUGAUCCAAAUCCCUAGCUGAAACUUGAAUGCGAGAUCAUUAACGUGGCGCUACCGUGUCUUUCCUUUCCUGUCAGCCAGGGGUUAGGAGGAGGCUGCGAGGUCUUGACAUGGACGUAUGUAAAGUGGUUUCUUUUCUUUUCACGUUCAGUGUUUUCUCACAGUCGACCAUCAAAGCCUUUCAAGAGCCAAGUUUCCCUGUACAUAUCCCUCCUUUACACUUUUUUUGGACUGUUAGAAGAACGUGGGACUCCAGUGUGCCGUGUGUAUGUACACUAUGUGCGUGUGUGUUAUGAGUAGUUAACAUGCAAAGAGACAAAAAAAAUGUAGCUAAUAACAGGAAGGGACUAACAAAAAAAAAAAAAAAAAGAUCCUAAUCCUGUGCCUGAAACUCACCACCUGUAGCAGCGAUAAUCCUAAACCCCGUUACCUCCCCAGGGGUCUCAUUUAUUACUACAUUAAUUAUAACUAGUAUUUCCACACCCACACACACACACACACACAAUGAAUGAGGAAAAUAUUUCAAUAUACUCUAAAAUGCUCCACAUGUCCACAGCCAUAUUUCACAGAAAGACACGCCCCCAAUUGACCAAAUAUGGUAAACAACUUCCUACCGGCUGUAUUAUAGCACUUUAUGGUCAACAAACAUGCUCCAGAUAGCAUGAAAAUAUAAUUUAACACAACUAGUUGGUACUUUUGUUUUAAUCUUUUACGUGAAAAGAAUGAAACGAAAUAUAUUUGAAAAAGUUCAUUCGCCAGGUUUGCGAUCUCGAACGUCAGACCUCUGCGCUGUCGGAUUCUGUAACCUUUAAUAAGGUACUUUCUAAAAGGAGACGUUCUUUUGAACAAACACGGAAAAGUCGGAGGUAAAUCUCUGACUCUAAACACUUUUCUCAUGCUCUUAACUAUAAACUAUAAGAUUGCUAAAAAAAAGGGAGUUAUGACUGUUUACAGCUGCUACAGAAUAACUGCUGCAGAAUAAGAGGAAUAAAACACUCGAAUAAACAACAACAACCCCCUCCCCCCUCCCCCACGCACGCUGGAUAAAUGAGACCCCUGCUUCCUGAUUUACUCCGGCCUAUAGCGCCAUGAACCUUCUCCCUUUACACGAUCGGACGCUUGAUAUGAAGUGUAGGCGAAACAGGAGGAUCCUGGUGCUAUGUGUUUAUUAUACUGUUAUUGUUUUAGACCGCGAUAAAAAUAGAGAGAUAGAGAUAGAUAGAUAGAGAGAGAGAGAGAGAUGUUUUAUCAGUGUUGAGACGAUUCGAGAAACACGGCAGAAGAGGAGAGGAAGAAGAAUGUUUCCAUCCAUUCACGUUUGGUGAAAUUUUAGAAUGCGACAUCACACUUUUAGGACAUGAACGCUCCAUGUUUGUGUUUAAAAACAUAAUUUCAACAUCUGUAGAAUUCAAUUAGACGGAUAAAUAACGUGCAAUGAAAGAGAGCGUUUGAGAUUGAUAUAUAUAUAUAUAUACACACAUAGGAACACAACCAAAUAGUGAGGAUUUCUUUUCAUUUGAAUUGUGUAUAUAUUUAAAACAAUGGACUUAGAAAUAGAGAUCGAAGAAGAAAAUCUUAGCACGAUACGUGGAGAUGGAAACAUGUGGACGGAACCUGCACUAGCGACUCUGGAGGAAGUGAAGCGACAGGAAUGAGGCAGAGUUCUCAUCGUGAGACACGCCGGAAAACUCCGAGCGAAGGACCAUCUCCGGAGGCGUUCCUGAGAGGAAACAACCGUAGCAUCUUUAAUACUGUAAAUGAAUCAACGUAUCAUACUGUGAAGCUCACUUUUCUUCCUUUACCAAGAGUCAGAUACCAGAGGGGAAAAUCUUGUUUACUGCCUUAAGAAAAAAACAAAACAAAACAAUUAACAAUUUUCAACUAGAAUAAUGAAUUAAUUAAGUGGCUGUGACCACUUACCACACAAACGAGCCAAAUGAUGCAUCUAGUACUGUUUCUCUGUGUGUGUGUGUGUGUGUGUGUGUGUGUGUGUGUGUGUGUGUGUGUGUGUGAGAGAGAGAGAGAGAGAGAGAGAGAGAGGAAAAUCCUCCUCGGGGAGCAAAAGCUACGCCUUCCAUCAGGAAAAAGACUUCCUGAAACAAAAAAAUUGUUUUAAAAAAAAGAAAGAAAGAGAAAAAAAAUCUGAAACAAUCUGAUCAAAUAUAUAUAUAUAUAUAAGGAGUUUAUUUUAUCGUCCGGUCGGCCGUCGGUCACAGUCACUGUAAAGAUCAUCUCAUCUGUCCAUAACGUUGUAAAUUGUUACAUCAAUCCCAAAAAAUAAAAAAAAAUAAAAAUAAAAAAUUUGACGAUUGCAUAAAAUAAAAUCAAGUCAAACGCAGCCGUGAAUGGUGCCGUGUACAUUCUUUAUGUAUUUAUGUCCCAAAAAAACAAACAAAAAAACUAUAUAUUUAAAUCAAAAGAUUUUUUAAACACAAAAGUGCAAGGCAAUGUAGAGAUUUUUUUUUUCUUUUAAAUAUCAGAAUAAAGAAGUAUUGAUGUGCAUUCAAGCAAAAAAGGUGGAAUGUAAAGUUUGCAUACAUCUGAUUUAAAACAAAACAAACAAACAAAAAAACCACUAGGUGAUGGGUGCCAAUACUUUGACAACUGUUAAAUAAAUCACCCAAAAAAAUAAAACAAAAAUACACAACCUACAUGUGGUGGGUGCCAAUACUUUUACAACUGUUAGACAAUCACCCCCCCAAAAAAUAAUAAAAUAAAAUAAAAAAAUUCAGAUGUCACAAUAAUGUAUAGCCAGGUAUAACAGAACAGAGUGGAUUUAGGUGCUUUGUGAGAAGCCUGCGCCCUCGGGCUGAUGGUGCAAAAGUUUGUGCCCCCCCUUUUUUAUUUAUUUUCUAAUAUUUAGUCAAAUGAUUUUUAACUCUCUUUUCUUUUCUUUUUUUUAACUUAACAUUAAUAUACAGCAUUAUUACAUGCUAAAUACAUGUGAUAUUUCACAGAUGAAUAAACUACAGUAUAAAUACAUGAAGUGUAAUAUCUUUACCAUCAUAGUUUAGUGAUAAGGGGGAGACAAACUUUUGCACUCCCCUGUAUAGGUUGCUAGAGAUUGUUGGUGGUAAUAAAGAACAGAUUUAUAUAUAUAUAUAUAUAUA